AUGGCACCGCCAGCCAAGUCCAGCCAAGGUCCCGGGCUUCUCGUCUGCGGCGGAGCGGUCAUGGACCAUGUGGUCCGGCCCUUCGAUAGCAAGCAGCACGGAGCGUCUUUGACUUCGAUGCCUGGCGAGGCAAGAGUCUCGCCCGGGGGCGUGGGCCGAAACAUUGCAGAGGUGGCCGCUAGGCUGGGGAGCUCCGUUGCGCUGCUGGGAGCUGUGGGCGACGACGCGGCAGGGCGGGCGUUGCUGCAUGGCUGCGGCGAGAGGGGCAUCGAUGUGCAGGCUCUUGAGGUGCUGAGAGAUUCGCGAACUGCCACCUACACUGCACUGUUGGACGGGAAGGGGGAGCUCGUCGGGGCUGUGGCAGCGUCCGGAUGCCCCGACUCACCACCGCCCAAGAAGCAUCGCCAGCGAUUUCAGGGACCUCGGGCCAGCCUGGGCCAGGCUCUGUGCAACGGAGGUUUGGGCCUUGUGGCUUUGAGGCUGCUGUGUGUGGUACCACUGUGGAGCCAUUCGCGUCCAUGGCAGACGAGUUCCGCCCGCCGCCAACGAAUGCUGAAGAGGCCUUCCUACGAUCGGCCGACCGGAAAGACUGCGCAGGUGAACUUUUUGAACUGCCCCACAGAUGGAGGUCAUGUAAGCGUCAGGAGUGAUAAAGCUGGGCCUAUGCGUCAUGCAAUCAAAAGAUGUCGAACACCUAAGCAGCUCAUGACCCGGAUCGAUGAAGCCGUGUCGAACAACCUGCUGGAGCCCAGCAUCUUCGGUGCGGCCAUGCAAACGUGUGGUUUCAAGGGGUGGUGGCGGGAGCUUCUGGCAUUGCUGAAGCUUCGACAGCAGCAGGGGGUAAGUGUGGAUCCAAUCGAGGUCAGUAUCGGACUGACAGCCCUAACCUCCUGCUUGAAAAAGCGCGGUGCGUAUGGGGUCCUUCAAUCGCGAGCCUCACUCGCUUUUGACCUGGCCAGGGGUUUGUGCAAUCGGUUAGAGAUCGAUGUGAUCGCAGAUGCCGAAAUCCUGAACUGCUUCACCAGCAGUGUGCUGAAGCUUGCCACGUGCCUUCGUUCAGAGGCAGCCCGCGCAUGGGCUCUUGAAUUGUGGGAUCGGGCACGAGCCCUGUCUUUUUCAUUUAGUGGUAUCACAUACAGCACAUACAUUCAGUUUUUAGAGCAGUACGGACUCUGUGAAGAGGUGGAUGCACUCUUGGAAGAUGCUGCGAUGUCACAAGCAUUAAACUAUAUAGUCUUGUCUGGCCUACUCGAGCAGGUCUCUUAUCGCAAAGACCGGGAGCGGGCGGAGGUCCUCUGGGCUUACUUCCUCAGGAAGGGCAUCGAGCCAAACUUAAUCUGUGUGCUUGCCCGAGCAAAAGUGCAUCUUUUGGCAGGAAGACCCACUGUGGUGCUGGGGAUACUCGAAAGCGGAAUGGCUAGAUGCGGGUCGUGCUUUGAAGAGAACGGGCGGCUUGUCCAAGAAUACGCACAGUCCUUCCUCAUUGCUUCGCACUCUUCCUUAGAUCCACAGGUUUUGCACCACCUUCGUGAGUUUCUUGAGAGCGGACAUUUCUCAAUCGAAGAGAAGACAUCGGCUUCGAUGAGAAACUCUUUGAAACAGAUGAAGUCCUUGGCCGAGAUGUUGCUUUCCGACCCUAGCAACUUGCGGCUUCAUGAUCUGCUCGUCGAGUGGAAAGCCAGAGAGAUGAGCGUAAUGGCCAAGUGGGAUAACUUCCGAGCUGGCACAAGGUAUCUGGACGACUGA